GUUCACUUCCGGGAACGCACUCAGCUCUUAGUAUAGUGCGGCAGUGGAGUAAUGAGAAGAGGGAGAUGUGGAACACUCGGUGGAGACACUUUCAGGCGGUGGUGUGUGUUACACGGUGUUUGAAGGCUCAUCGGAGGAGGAUGUGGCGCACUCCAAAGUGUUCUGGAGCUCCAUGUAUCUACAGCCUCCCAUCGAGUCCAGCUUAGAGACGGUGGACGUCGGACAGCGUCUGAGGAGAGCCAAGGCCCCGCAACGCACGCUCUGCAAUAAUGUUCCCAAGCAGCCCCAAUGGACUAAAAACGAUGAGAUCCUACAGAGGGCUUACCAGCUACAGAUGCAGGAUGAGAAACAAAGAUACCUGGAAAUGGCGAAAAAGCGUGCCGAGAUCAUGGCCCUGCUAAAGAAGCAGAGAGAAGAUCGGAUUAAGAAAGAAAUGGUAUCCCGUUUGCGCGAGCCGAAUACGCCCCAGCAGACCAAGAGGUUUUUUUGCAAGACCCCUCCUGAGAUUCUGGAUGAGGACAUCAAGGAAGUGCGUGAACUUGUAUAAAGGGUGCCGGCAGUUUUUUUUAAAAACCCAACACAAAAAUGAUUUGGGUGUAUAAGAGCAUGCACAACACUGUCCAUUUAACAAAUGUAUGUCUUUACACACUUUUUUUUUUUGCUGAAUAAUAAAAAAGAAUUGAUUAUGUAGAAAAAUAAAAAAAAGUUCAUUUUAAAACACUUUACAUCAGGACUGGAAUCUCCAAAAAACUGCUUAUCUAUAAUAAUUUUUUUUUAAAUGCCUACUUCCCUGAGCUGCAUGUGUUAAAUGCAAAAAAAUAAAGGAAUCUGAAAAAAAAAA